AAAAAAGAAAAGAUCCACUCUUUGAGAAAGAGAGAUCUGAACAAGAGCUCUCGCUUCUCAUUUCCCCGAUCUUCGUCCUCGAUCGGCGUAAUAGAUCCUGUGGGAGCAGAUCGAAGUCGGGUUUUUAACAGAGAGAGAAUCAGGGUUCUUGAGAGAAGAUGAGAGAGAUAAUAAGCAUUCAUAUCGGACAAGCCGGAAUUCAGGUCGGGAAUUCAUGUUGGGAGCUUUACUGUCUUGAACAUGGAAUUCAGCCCGAUGGCAUGAUGCCCAGUGACACUUCAGUGGGGGUUGCACAUGAUGCUUUCAAUACAUUCUUCAGCGAGACUGGAGCUGGAAAGCAUGUGCCUAGGGCUGUUUUCGUUGACCUUGAACCUACUGUUAUCGAUGAAGUCAGGACAGGGACUUACCGACAACUUUUCCAUCCUGAGCAGCUUAUUUCCGGGAAAGAAGAUGCUGCCAACAACUUUGCUAGAGGGCAUUACACUGUUGGAAAAGAAAUUGUGGACCUUUGCCUUGACCGUGUGAGGAAAUUAGCCGAUAACUGCACCGGCUUGCAAGGCUUUCUGGUGUUCAAUGCCGUUGGUGGUGGAACCGGUUCUGGGUUGGGAUCUUUGCUGUUAGAGCGAUUGUCUGUGGAUUAUGGAAAGAAGUCAAAACUUGGAUUCACAAUCUAUCCUUCUCCUCAGGUUUCUACAGCUGUUGUAGAGCCUUACAACAGUGUCCUGUCAACACAUUCCCUCCUCGAACACACUGAUGUGGCUGUCCUCUUGGAUAAUGAAGCCAUCUAUGAUAUUUGCCGGAGAUCCCUAGAUAUCGAGAGGCCAACCUACACAAACUUAAACAGGUUGAUAUCUCAGAUCAUAUCGUCCUUGACAACGUCAUUGAGGUUUGAUGGAGCCAUCAACGUGGAUGUCACAGAGUUCCAGACCAACCUUGUUCCAUAUCCGCGUAUCCACUUCAUGUUGUCAUCCUAUGCUCCAGUCAUCUCGGCAGCCAAAGCAUACCAUGAACAGUUAUCAGUCCCGGAAAUCACUAAUGCUGUGUUCGAACCAGCUAGUAUGAUGGCCAAGUGUGAUCCGAGGCAUGGAAAAUACAUGGCUUGUUGCUUGAUGUACCGUGGAGAUGUCGUUCCUAAAGAUGUCAACGCUGCUGUUGGAACCAUCAAGACUAAAAGGACUGUGCAGUUUGUCGACUGGUGCCCGACUGGGUUCAAGUGUGGUAUCAACUACCAGCCUCCAACCGUCGUUCCAGGAGGGGACCUUGCUAAGGUGCAGAGAGCUGUGUGUAUGAUCAGCAACAACACUGCGGUUGCUGAGGUUUUCUCGAGGAUAGACCACAAGUUUGAUCUAAUGUACGCGAAGAGAGCAUUCGUGCAUUGGUACGUGGGCGAGGGAAUGGAGGAAGGUGAAUUCUCGGAGGCACGUGAAGAUCUUGCUGCCCUCGAGAAAGAUUAUGAAGAAGUCGGGGCUGAAGGUGGGGACGAUGAAGACGAAGGUGAAGAAUACUGACAUAAGGUUCAGUCUUGAGCUUUUUGGGUUUUUGGGAAAUACUUUUGAAUCUUGAAUCUUGUUGUGUGAUGCUUUCUCCAUGUUUCUUAAAUUAUAUGUAUGUACAAGUUGCUGUGAUGGUCUUAAUUAUGGUUGGUGAAAGUCUGCGGCUAAAAGAAACCAUAUAUCCAUUGGCUGUUUCCAAUCAUCAAUUAAUGUUCUUUCAUUUGAUUUUGA